AUGGCACGCAGUAACUUGCAGAAGACGCAACAGAAACGCAUCGCUAACGCCGAGGGUCACGCUACGAACCCUCCACCGCUAGAUAUAGGGGAUAAUGUUGUUUGGAAACGCCGUGAUAACGUUUCCGAUAAGAUGGCCACUGAAUGGGUUGAUGAGGACAUGUAUGUCACACGUGGGCCUUAUGAUGCACAGGGGACCACUACGAUAUUUGUGAUCCAGGUUGUAACAACGUCCGUGUGCAUCGAGACCAGCUUAAUCUUGAAGUAG